AUGGAGCAAAAUCCAUAUGCAAAAUUUUUUACACAACUAAAGCAUCAUUCAAAUUUUCAGAACUUAGAAAUACGCAUAGCUGCAAAUGCUUCUUUAGAUCAACGGGUGUAUAACAAACCUUCAGUAGAUCAAGUUGCGGCAAUUUGGUAUCCAUUGAUUCUACCAAAUGGUGAAGGAGGUUGGCAUCAAGGAAUAGUGAAAUCUCACAAUCCAAAUAUCACCAUUCCUACAUAUACAACAACAGCUGCCAACAUAUGCCCUCGAUCAUAUGCCAGUGCAACAGAGGUUUUGAACAAUGAAGAACAAGUGGACAUGUACAUAAAAUUGGAAACCACGCGACUUGAAUAUUAUAGAUUCGAACAAUCAAAUUACAGAAGAGAGAUAUUACAAGGUAUCGUUGAUAGUGUUACGGCAGGCGAAUGCAGAGGAGAGAAGGUCGGGCAAAGGGUCUUACUACCAGGGUCAUUCAUUGGAGGCCCGAGGGAUAUGCGACGACGCUAUAUGGAUGCUAUGGCACUGGUACAAGAGUAUGGAAGACCAGAUCUAUUUAUCACCAUGACGUGUAACCCUGAAUGGACAGAGAUUCAAGAACAACUAUGUGCGGGGCAAGUCGCUCAAGAUCGUCCAGAUUUGGUGACUAGAGUGUUUAGGGCAAAAUUGCAGGACCUGAAAGACCAAAUAUUUAAAAAGGAAAUUUUUGGCCCGACAGCAGCACAUGUUUUUGUAGUUGAAUUUCAGAAGAGAGGCCUACCACAUAUACACCUACUACUAAUUUUAAAACAAGGUCAUAAAAUAACAUCAGCAGAUCAGUAUGAUCGAUAUAUUUCGGCAGAGUUGCCUGCUAAGGAUAAGCAGCCAGAAUUACAUGAAUUGGUUAUUAAGCAUAUGAUUCAUGGUCCUUGUGGUAUAAAACGACAAUCAAGUCCAUGUAUGAAGGACGGACAAUGUAAGUUUCACUACCCCCGAGCAUUCAACAACAAAACAAUACAAAGGAGAGAUGGAUAUCCUAUUUACCGAAGAAAAAAUGAUGGGAGGACAAGCGAGGUUCGAGGAAUGAAGAUGAAUAAUCAGUGGGUUGUCCCUUAUAAUCCAUAUUUAUUGAAGAGAUAUAAUUGCCACAUUAAUGUAGAGGUUUGCUCAGGUGUUAAAGCAAUAAAGUACCUGUACAAGUAUAUAUAUAAAGGACAUGAUAAGUGUGCAGUUUACAUUGAGUCAGACGAGGGUGAAAAAUUCAUAGAUGAAAUUCGAAGCUUUCAAGAUGCACGUUGGGUGUCACCACCUGAAGCGAUGUGGAGGAUUUACGAGUUUACUCUAAGCGAAAUGCAACCAGCUGUUAUAAACCUACAACUACAUCUACCCGGUAAACAAGCAGUCUACUAUUGGAAGAAGCAAAAUCUUCAAAAUAUUGCAGGCUCCCAGUUUGUACAACAAACUAUGCUUACUGAGUAUUUCAGGAUGUGCUUGAAUGACACUGACGCUCGCAAUUAUCUAUAUAGAGAAUUCCCCAAGCAUUAUGUUUGGAAUUCCCAAUCUAAAGUUUGGACUAAAAGAAAAUCGCGCUCCGUGAUCGGCAGAAUAAAUGUUGCUCUUCGAAUGUUGUUUGCGACAAUUUUAGUUCAUUGCAACCCAACAGAUGUAAGAAGACUAUGGGACACAUAUUAUAACGAUAUGUCAGACGACUUUCAGAGGACCCAUGCCAAAUCAGCCGAGGCCAAACUCCAAAGUACGUUGAAAAGUGUAAAUUCAUACUUGGAGAGUAUGGGUCAAAGUGUUGCAAAAUUUGAUAUGCCACAAAUCCAACAAGAAUUACAUCAAGGUGACACAUAUGAAUGCCGAGAAAUAGUCGAAGAAAGGUCUGUGAAGGUGCCAACUGAAGAUAUGGAGGCACAAUCAAAGUUGAAUGAACAACAAACGCAAGCAUUCAAGACUAUCUUGCAAAGGACCGACUCUGGAACACCAGGAUUAUUCUUUGUAGAUGGACCCGGUGGAACUGGAAAAACAUAUCUAUAUCGGGCAUUGCUGGCACAUAUAAGAUCAAGAGGUAUGAUAGCAUUGGCAUCCGCCAGCAGCGGGGUAGCGCAGCAAUCUUACCGGGAGGUCGUACAGCUCACUCGAGAUUUGGAAUACCUCUACAAGCUAAUGAAUCAACAAUGA